CCAGCAGACCCUGAAGCUCUCCGGGACCAGGGUUGGAGACCACUGGUUUAGAAUGUUUCCUGGUGGCCAGAACAAAUGACCAAUUUUCAAGUCUAACGAAAAUUCAGUUUAAGCGCCUAAAUAUGAGGGGAAAACACAUUUUAUUGUUUGCACGCCCUCACUCUAAUAGCGGAGCAGUAUAUGACUUGAUGAUAAUGAUCAUAAUAGCCUAUUAUAGUGACAGUCGAAAUGAUCAUUCGUCUCCAGUGUUUGAUGAUCAGAAUUGCUAUCGUAGUUCCUUACUAUGCUACCAUAGCACAGUAAGGAACUGUGGAGCGGAUUACCGAGACUCUCAUAGGGCAGGCUUUAAGACCACGCUGUUGUCAUCUUGUCCAGCGGAGAGGCUGAUGGGGGAAUCUCCGAUCGCAUCGCCAGAAAGCAACAAUGGGCCGCUUACCUGAGGAUGGUCCCGUCCGAUAACAAACGCGCCGGUAGCGAAGGAAUACUGCAUUUAGGAUAUGUUGUUAAAUAGCACGCCUUUAACCGAAAACACGUCGUCUGGUUUUUUAAUCUCGUCGUAAUUCUCAUCGAAAUCAUUUUCAGUGGCGUUUUCAGCCGGAUCAUUCAGUGAUGGAGCAUAUCAGAACGCCCAAGGUUGAAAACGUCCGUCUGAUUGACAGAGCGUCUCCGAGGAAGGUGUGCAUUGGCACCUUGUAUCUGACGGGGACUCACACCAUCUUUGUUGAAAACGCGCCCGAGACCCGCAAAGAAACAUGGAUCCUACAUAGCCUCGUCUGUGGCAUCGAGAGGCCGCCCGCAGCCCCCUCCGGAUACCCCCUGCUCAUUCGCUGCAAGAACUUCCAGGUCAUCCUCUUCCUCAUCCCCCAGGACAGGGACUGCCAGGACGUGCAGCUCUCCCUGACACGCCUGUCCCGUCCAGAGAGGUACGGGGAGCUCUCCUGCUUCUCCUUCAACCCCAAGGUGGACCAAGAGGACCGAGAGGCGGCCUGGAUCCGCGUGGACCUCAGGACCGAGUACUGCCGCAUGGGGGUGCCAAACCAGCUCUGGCAGCUCACACACGCCAACAGCGAGUACAGGAUUUGCGAUACUUACCCAUGUGAGCUGUACGUCCCGAAAACGGCCACGCCCCCCAUCAUCGUGGGCAGCUCCAAGUUCAGAAGCAGGGGCCGUUUCCCAACGCUUUCGUACUACCGUCGAGACAACCACGCUAGCAUCUGCCGCAGCAGCCAGCCCCUGACUGGCUUCAGUGCUCGCUGUCUGGAGGACGAGCAGAUGCUGGAGGCCAUCAUGAAGUCGAACCCGGGCAGCCAGUUCAUGUAUGUGGUGGACACCAGGCCCAAGCUGAACGCGAUAGCCAAUCGCGCUGCAGGAAAGGGCUAUGAGAACGAGGACAAUUACUCCAACAUCAAAUUUCAGUUCAUCGGCAUUGAGAACAUUCAUGUGAUGAGGAGCAGCCUGCAGAAGAUUCUGGAAGUGUGCGAGGUCAAAUCGCCCAGCAUGAGCGACUUCCUGUGGGGGCUGGAGAACAGCGGCUGGCUGAAGCACAUCAAAGCCAUCCUGGACGCGGGCAUCUUCAUCGCCAAGGCGGUGGCGGAGGAGGGUGUCAGUGUGCUGGUGCACUGCUCGGACGGCUGGGACAGGACGGCUCAGGCCUGCUCUGUGGCCAGUGUGCUGCUGGACCCGUAUUACAGAACCCUGAAGGGCCUCAUGGUGCUCAUUGAGAAGGACUGGGUGUCAUUCGGACACAAGUUCUCUCACAGGUAUAGCCACCUGGACGGGGACCCCAAGGAGGUGUCCCCUGUGCUGGACCAGUUCCUGGACUGUGUGUGGCAGCUGACGGAGCAGUUUCCCUGCGCCUUCCAGUACAACGAGCGGCUGCUCCUGCAGCUGCACACGCACAUCUACUCCUGCCAGUACGGCAACUUCCUGGGCAACAGCGAGAAGGAGAGGAAGGACCUGAGAAUUCGGGAAAGGACCCAGUCGCUGUGGGCGCACCUAUGGGAGAACAGACUGAUCUACAUGAAUCCCCUGUACCGACUGGACCACGGUCAGGCGCAGGGAGUCCUGAGGCCUGACACAGCCCCCUACUGUUUCAAGUUCUGGAAGGCGAUGUACUGUCGAUCGGAGAAGGGGACCGCCCCACAGCACUCAGCAGUGGACUUCCUGAUGGCUGUCAAGGAGGAGACACAGCAGCUGGAGGAGGAGCUUGCAUGCCAUGAGGAGAAAAUUGCCAAGCUGGGGAAACUGCGAGGGAAAGUUUUCGAGACCAACGUGAGCACAGCAGAUCAGAACAAAGAUGGAGAGACCGGUGCCCCCCAGGACUAUACAGGCGUCGUCCAGCAGGGGGAGCCAGAGAGCUCGCCGCUGAUCCUGCCCCGGGACACGCUGAAGAGCUCCGACCCCGACCUGUCCGUCAACAGCGAUCAGGAAUCGGGCGUGGCCGACCUCAACUGCCUCUCGCCCAUUGGCGGGGAGGAGAGUGGCAAGGACCCCUACUCGGAAGAGGCUGCCUACGCCACUGCCUGAUCAAACACGGCGUGCCGGCAGUCUGGAGGGAACACGCCCAGUGCACCAUGGGUAAGUUUCAGAUUCACAGUACUCUAGUGUCUAAUGGCCUUUUAUGCAUCAACCCAUAGUAUUCUCAGCCAGUAAGCACUAAGAAGUCUGACUUUUUAAAACGAUGGCCCAAUUUGGCUUAAUGUUGUAACACCGGGAUCGUCGAAUCACGGUCCUUGAGGGCCGAGAACUGCUGAGUUUCCUCCCUUCCUUUACCUGGGAGUCAGGUGUGAAGGCAGUCUGUGGUAACUGUUCAGUUAAUUACCUGGGAGGAAAGAAAACCAGGACCAGAUUUCUCAAUCCCUGUUCCAACACAUACACUUGUUGUUGUGAAACCUUGGCAAGACACCCGUUUCCUCAGAUUUGUAUUCUUCUUUUAGAAAGCAAAUCGUUCAACCUUAUAAUUUAAAAUUGUGUGAAUCUGUUCCCCCUCGCUACAGUGUGCCAUACGAUGUACAUUGAGGGGAAUAUUGGUUCAGAAAAAGGAGGUAAGAAAUGAGAUGGGGAAGAGAACACACAGGGACCCAAAGGGAAUGACAAUAAGCUACUCUAAUCCAGCCUUUGUCCACUGGAACAACUGGAACAUAUUCUUUCAUUUCUAAAAAAAACAAAAAACACUGUUGGAAAUAAUUUUGUAUGUCGUGGAUGUAGUUCUUUAUGUUACUGUAAAACACUACUGAUUACCCCCUCUACCCCUCCCUUCUUUCCCCCUUUUGAAGACAAUACUGUGCAAUAGACUAAUGUUCAAUCUUAAAAUUAAUGGUUAGAAUACAUAACUUAUUCUAGCAUUUUAAUGUGCUGCGUUAGCUUAUUGGUGUUUUUUUGUGCAGAAUGUUGGUUAUAGUAUAAAAUGCACUAAAGUACAAAAGCGGCUCCUGUUCGGCAUUGGGAAUAUUUACAUUUAAAGGACGUGCCGUUUCUAUGAGUAAAACUUUUUUUAAGAGCCGAUGGAACACAAUGUAAAUUUACUGAUUUAAACUUUACAAAAACAAAUCCCUUCCUAUCAAGAAUAUUCUGUGAUGUGGCUCAGCUUUCAAUGCAAAUGAACCAGACCUGAUUAAAAGUAAAAGUGGGACAGACACUAUGUAAUAUCAGCCAGUAAAAUCAUUUCUUAGGAGUGGUAUCAAUAAACCCAUCUCCUCCUGUUACAUGAAAUAUCCUUCAAAUUAUGAAAUAAAACAUUAAUCCUUA